GCGGCGGCCGUGGGCAGCGCCGGCGGUAGGAGGGGGCGCGUUCUGCCCUACAGACCGAGGCCGUAGCUGCUGGUGGCAGAGCGGUGCGGCAGCGGGCUGGAGCCGGAGCUGGCCGGUCCCUGCUUCCCCGCGCUGCUCUCCCGCAGUCAGCAUGAAGGUCGAGUUUGCCCCCAUCAACGUACCCCUAAAGAGGAGGAUCCAGACAGUCGCCGUGCUGCAGUGGAUCUUCUCCUUUCUUCUGCUGGCAGAAUUUUGCUGUGGAUUCUUUGUGAUACUGAUCCUGGGCAACUUCUGGUUCCUUGCUGUUCUGUACCUGCUGUGGCUGUACGUUGACUGGGAAACGCCAUGCACAGGGGGCCGACGGUCGCAGUGGGUGAGAAGUUGGACUGUUUGGAAGUACUUUAGGGAAUACUUUCCCAUUCAACUUAUAAAAACUUCAGAUUUGAAUCCAAAUCACAACUACUUAUUUGGCUUUCACCCUCAUGGAGUCCUGGUAGCUGGAGCCUUUGGUAACUUUUGCACAAGUUCAAGUUUCAGCAGUCUAUUUCCUGGCAUUACUCCGUAUCUUCAUAUCAUGCCCAUCUGGUUUGGCUGUCCCUUCUUCAGAGAAUACAUAAUGAGUGCUGGCAUGGUUUCUGCAUCCAAGAAGAGUGUCUCAUAUGUGCUAAAUAACAAAGAAGGCGGCCAUGCAUCCAUCAUUGUGAUCGGAGGAGCAGAGGAAUCUCUGAAUGCACGUCCUGGAAGUUUAACAUUGAACAUCCUCAAGAGGAAGGGCUUUAUUAAAAUGGCCUUGAAACAUGGGGCUCAUCUGGUCCCGGUAUUUUCCUUUGGUGAAAAUGAACUGUUCAAGCAAGUUGCAAAUCCCAAAGGGUCACGGCUGAGAAACGUACAGGAGAAGUUACAAAAGAUAAUGGGCUUUGCUUUACCCCUGUUUCAUGCUAGGGGAAUAUUUCAGUACAGUUUUGGCUUAAUACCUUACAGACAACCUAUUAAUACUGUUGUGGGAAGUCCCAUCCCUGUGAAACAGAACUUGAACCCUACCACUGAAGAGAUUGACCAGUUACAUGUAUUGUAUCUGCAGAAACUAAGAAAGUUAUUUGAAGAACACAAAGGAGCCUAUGGGAUCCCUGAGCAUAAAUCUCUCAUCUUUGAGUAGUACGUUACAAUUUGUGAUUCCAAAUCCCGUGGAAAAAACAGUGUAUGCUGAAAGAUGUCUUUCUUGCAAUCUGUAUUUUGCAAUCUGUAAUUAUCCUUGUGUAAGGAAUAAUUUUAAGAAGGGAUUAUUAGAUGAUUUAUUGAUUUUUAUCUUAAUCUUUGGGGGGGAGGAAAAAUCCUUAGGGUGUGAGCCUUGAACCCAGUACUGUUUUGAGUUGUUCUUUUAGGUUCAUCUGUACCAGAAAUGCUAGUGAGAGUCUCAACACAGAUGUUCUUGCCACCAUGGUACAUAACCAUUGCUUGAGCAGGGGAAAUUGCCCCAGCAUAACAGAAGUAUAAACCCAACAAGUCUUUGGUUAGAAGUGGAGAGACUUUACCAGCAUGUAUUAAACAUAACAUCAGAUUGUUCUUGAAAUAUCAGAAAAUGAUGCUGCUCUUCCAUAGAAAUGAAGGUGUAUGUUUUUAGCAGAUGGCUAUUACAAGCCAUUUACAUGUGAAUUCAGUAAUAAAUAGGAGCUUUUGGCCCUAAAUGGGGUGUAGACAAGAGUGGUUUGUCCAGGUUACGGAGCAGAGCAAACCUAUUUGGAGAACAGUAUGUUGAGUUGUCUGUAUGCAUGUGUAUGCUGUGUGGUGGGAAGCCCUGAAUGAUGUGACUUUUUUGGACAAGCUGUGUUUUGGAUUGUCAGUUUGGAAGAUGAAGCAGCAUAGUUUGGUAGUUCCAGCCUCAGAGGAGGUGGCAGGCACAGGACAGAAGUGUACCAAGGAGACUACUGGGGGAAUCAUAUAAACUUUAGAUCUUGUGCACAUUAGAAAGGGUCAUAUCCCAAGCCCUGCCACAGAGGGAAGGGGAGCCCAGCUUGUUCAGUCUAGUUCUGCAGCUUCACCACAGAAGGGGUGUACUUGAUAUAUGCCUCUUUCUUCCCCAGUGAUAGAUGUAGAAAGCUGUGCUGCACCGUAACUGUGCAUGUUUAACAUGAGCUAAAAAUAAGGAUUGUUUCAGCUCUUGGAAGGGCAUCUGUCUAGGGAGGUCAAAUACAAUAGGUUUGAUACCUGGGAAGAGGUGUCUAGAGUCCUGAGGACUGCAGUACGUGAUGAGCCCUGAGCAGUAUGUGAUGAGCCCUCAGCCAGCUGUGUGAAAUGUUCUUUGGAUUUGUUUUUGUGCUGCCUGCCCCAGGAGUAGUAGUGCUGAUUACUUAUGAAAGAAGAAUUUGGAGUCUGUGUCACUGUUCUAGAUCAUCUGCUCUAAUGAGGUAUUUCCUCUCAUUCUCAGUCUGCUCUCUUCCCACUACCUUGAUGAUACAGAAGCUCAGGAUGUAAAUUUUAAUGCAUGAGUAAAGGGUUCAGUAUGGGAAGUAACAAUGGAUUGUUGUUGAUCAGAUUAGCCAAAACUUCUAGGGAACUAUGUGAAUACUGAUUCUGGGGCAGUAUCUGGUCCAGAGGUUACCCUACAAACAGGCUUACCUCUGAAUUCAGUGAGCAAAUUAUCCGUGGGUUCUGAGUACCAUCUGUAACUGGCAUAGGUGGAACAAGUAGGGAUUGUGUUACUGUGACUACUGAAAACUUUCAUUCCUUUGUAACACAGGAAGAUGGUGAGAAAAAAAAAGAAACCAAAAUCUUUAAGCUACUUAAAUGCAUCUUGUUGCUCCGUAACUGCUUCAUAUUGCUUAUGAUGCCUCUUCCAAACUAUGUUUUAACAAAUUUUCUAGUGUACCUAGGACUGUUGUAGCAUAGAGUAUCAGUCUCUUAACCUGAUGGGCAAGGUGUCAUCAAAAAUACUUACCUCUGUGUUAGCAUGUGGAUUUGUGAAACAGCCCUGCAAUACUGAGCCUGAAGGCCAGAACCCUGGAAACCAUAGACCCAUUGUGGCUAACGCAGGCAUCAGUCCUGCCACUGCUGCAGCCACGAGGAGGCUUCCCGUAUUUGUUAGAGUAAGCAUCAGCACAGUCUUCAGCUGCAGCUCAUGCUUGAGAAAGCAUGCUUGACUAAGCAGCUAGUAGGAAUGGUGAUGCCCUCUCCCCAGCUGUGAUGAGAAGAAUCAGGUAGUGCUCAGAUUUCUGGUGGUAUGUCCACACUCACUGGGGCCUGCUUUGUCCUGUGUUUCUCUUUGUGGCUUCUGGUGGCACAGACAAUCCUAGGGAAGCCAGUCAUCUAGAAGCAAGCGAGGUGCUCUGUCUCUGUACCACACACACACUGCCUCCUCCCCAAUGUGCUCAAGGUGACACUGCCUGUUCUCUUGAGGGUGAACAUUUCUCUGCCAGAUUUUGUUUACACAAAGUCAAUUCUCAGUAACUUUACUUUUGAACUACAAAGCAUAUUUUCCACUUUGUAACUUUUUAUGGUACCUGUAAAAUAUGAAUGUCUAUUGUUUCAGUGACGGCUGUGGCAAGGACGUGUGAGAUAAUAAACGUUUGUAUCAAAGUG